AUGGAUUCGCCAAAUUCUCCGAAUCCAUACGACAAUAUGAGUCUAGAGGAUAUCAUAAUUGCAGAGUGUACUGACGAUCAUGAUGAUCAAUAUUUCAAAGCGCUCGUGGAUGGGGGUAGCUCAACAAGACAAGGAAGAAAGAGAGCCCACAUUGAUAGGGGUCAUGUAGAAGAACACCAACGUUUGUUCGAUGACUACUUUUAUGAUGAACCGGUGUUUGAUGCAGUUGGUAGAAAUGGGCUUUCGCCAUUACAGAAGUGCACCGUUGCUAUGCGAAUGUUGGCAUGUGGAGCGCCUGCCGAUUAUGUUGAUGAGUAUGUUCGAAUUGGUGAAACCACUGCUAUUGAAUGCCUAGUCAAUUUUGUUCGGGGAGUGAAUGAUAUUUUUGGGACCGAAUAUUUAAGACGGCCCAAUGCUGGGGACAUUCGUCGCUUACUUCAAAUGGGGGAGGUGCGUGGUUUUCUAGUCAUGUUGGGAAGCAUUGAUUAUAUGUACUGGGAAUGGGAAAAUUGCCCAGUUGCAUGGAAAGGCCAAGUCACGCGAGGUGAUCACGACAGACAAACAAUCAUGCUUGAAGUAGUUGCGUCACAAGAUCUUUGGAUAUGGCAUGCAUUUUUUGGUGUUCCAGGAUCCAAUAAUGAUCUCUACGUGUUAAAUCAUUCUCCAUUAUUCACUGAUAUCUUACAAGGGCAAGCUCCGAGAGUUGAGUUGACGAUAAAUGACACACGAUACAACAAGGGGUACUAUCUAGCAGAUGGUAUCUAUCCAGAGUGGGGUACAUUUGUUAAAACUAUCCCACUGCCUCAAGGAGGGAAAAUAAAAUUAUUUGCCCGAUGCCAAGAAGCAAUACGCAAAGAUGUUGAGCGAGCAUUCAGAGUACUUCAAUCUCGUUUUGCUAUUGUACGAGGACCAACACGUUUUUGGCAAAAAGAUGUUCUCAAAGAUAUUAUGUAUGCAUGCAUCAUAUUGCACAACAUUAUUGUCGAGGACGAAAAAGAUGCAUAUGAGAGUUUUUUUUAUUUUAAUUAUGAUGACGGCCCCGCGGACACCCCAAUGGUUGAAGUAUUUCAUGGACCUAUUUCUGAUUUCCCGACAAUGCUUCAAAGAAAUACUGAAAUUCGUGAUAGAAGCAUUCAUUGCAAUCUUCAGGCGGACUUGGUAGAGCACAUAUGGUCAAAAUUUGGAAAUAAUUUUAAUUAG